AUGUCCGAGCAAGAAACAAACCAUCAUCUAACUGGAAUUGAUGUCACGGUUUUAGUUAUAUAUUUCAUUUUAUUGAUUGGAGCAGGAUUCUAUUCCAUGUUUAAAUAUAAUCGAUCGACGGUAAAAGGAUAUUUUCUUGCAAAUAGACAAAUGCCAUGGAUAUGCAUUGGCGCCAGUCUGUUUGCCUCGAAUAUCGGUGCCGAACAUUUCAUUGGCUUAGCAAGUUCUGGUGCAGCGAAAGGUAUAAGCGUUGGUGCAUUCGAAUUGAAUGCAAUCGGAAUUAUUCAACUCCUUGGCUGGGUGUUCUUACCAGUAUUUGUUGCGACAGGUGUUUCAACUUUACCCGAGUACAUGAGUCGACGGUUUGGAGGACAACGUAUACGAGUGUAUAUUGCCUGUCUCUAUCUACUACUCUAUAUUCUAACAAAAAUAAGUGUGAACAUCUAUGCUGCCUCGUUAUUUAUCAAUUAUGCUUUCCAUUGGAAUAUAUAUCUAAGUGUUCUAUUCGUUUUGACAAUGACAGCACUGUGUACGGUAUCAGGUGGUCUAGCAAGUGUUAUGUACACGGACACGAUUCAAGCUGUAAUCAUGAUUUUUGGUGGAUUUUUUCUUAUGCUUUUAUCUUACAAAGAGAUCGGCGGCAUUCCAGAGUUAUACAGACGAUAUUUAAAUGCAAUGCCUUCAGUGAAUGUAGAAGGCAACUUCACAAGCAUCUGGUCGAAUCAAACAAGUUUGGACAGUACAUGUGGUAAACCAACAAUGAAGUCAUUUCAAAUGUUACGAUCUGUAUCCGAUCCUGAUAUGCCUUGGUUAGGCUUUUUUCUCGGUCAUACGCCGAACACAAUAUGGUACUGGUGUUCUGAUCAGAUGAUGGUUCAACGUGUCCUAGCUGCACAAACGAUUUCACACGCUCGUGGCGGGACUCUUCUAGCUGGUUACCUGAAGAUUCUCCCAUUAUUCAUGAUCAUCAUACCAGGAAUGAUUAGUCGAACGCUUUAUCCAAAUACAGUGGCGUGCAAUCAACCAUCAACAUGUGAAUCGAUCUGUCAUAGCAAACGAAGUUGUACCAAUGUUGCCUAUCCAACAUUAAUCUUAAAUAUUUUACCUACCGGUUUCAAAGGUGUCAUGCUUGCUGUUAUGCUUGCAGCACUAAUCUCAGGAUUGACAUCCAUCUUCAACUCUGCCAGCACCAUAUUUACUGUUGAUAUUUAUCCAAAUAUUUUCUCCUAUCGUCGAAGGAAAAUAACCAACCGUGAAUUAAUGAUUGUCGGUCGCCUGUUCGUCCUUUUGAUGACAGCUAUUGGAAUUGGCUGGAUACCAAUUGUGAUUCAAAUGCAAGGCUCGGAAUUGUACAUCUACAUGCAACAAGUGAUUGGAUUUUUAGCACCACCUAUUGCUUGCAUUUACCUCUUAGCAGUCCUGUGGACACGUGCGAAUGAACGUGGAGCAUUUGCUGGAUUGAUGGUGGGUUUUGCAUUUGGCGUAUUACGAAUGAUAUUGGAGUUCGCAAAGCAGCCACCAUUGUGUGGGGAAGCCGACACAAGAUUUUGGCUUAUACGAAACGUUAAUUUCAUGUAUUAUGCUCUAUUUCUGUUUUGGUUAACAUUUUUCACAUGUGUUAUUGUCUCGUUAUGUACACAACCACCGACGGAAGAGCAGCUAUGUCGAACCACAUUUUGGACAAGACAUCAGAAAUUAGAUUUGGAACUGAUGAAUAUGAAAAACAAAACCGAUCAUGGAGCGUCUACUCUGAGCCAUUCACUUAAAGAUAACGAAAUUAGCCCACCGAAUGCAGCUCAUUAUAAUAAAAUAAGUAAUGGAAUCGAACGAUUGCAACCCGAAAUCUUUCUUCCGAAAUCCUCACCAUUUGGUCCUGGAACACUAUUGAUUAGCCGUGAUGGCGAAGAUGAUGUGAACAGUAUUCGUGUUAACGCUACACAAACGAAUUUAACCGAUGGCCAAUAUCGCAAUACAAACACCAAAUCACCGAUUCAUUCGGAGACCUUUAGUGAAGUCAAGGAGCCUCAAGGUUGUGAUAUUUUAGUUCUCUUAAAAUCCUGCUGGUCGUGGUUUUGUGGUUUGGACGAUAAUGAUGAUGAUGCUCACAACGAAUUAGCUGAUGUAGACGAAAUCCAUUCUAAUCGACGAACAUUCAAUCAAGAUCUGAACGAAGGGCAGGAGUCUUUGCUACAACAUAGUCAAGAACGUCCACUGAUCAAAUGGAUAUUGAAUAUAAAUCUAGUAUUUCUUUUUCUUGUUGAAAUUUUUUUAUUUAUUGUCUUUUCAUUGCCUGUUAAGUAUACGUUUUGGCGUAGUUGA